GAUAUUCAGUCUCACAUUUGACCCACCCAGCGCACUGGUUCCUUUUUUGAUGUGUCUAACUAAAAUUCUCAAGCACGCGCAAGUAGCUAGUGUGCCGCCCACGUAUACAGAGGAAUCCAAUAUGAACGAAUUGGCAGAUCCUCCGGAGUAUGAAUUCACACUCAACAACAACAACAACAACAACAACAACAACAACAACCACUACUCGCAUCAAGGCAGCGCUGCUCAAGCUCUUGCAUUGCAACAAAGGGCAGCAAUUCAAAGCGAAAACGCUCGCAUCGCGGCUCUACAACAUAUCCCCAGAGAGAAAGAGACCUACUAUGGCGAUCGAUCGACCACGAACAGUGAUGCGAACUCCAUGGAGGCAGUCAGUAGUAGUCAUACACAAGCGUCUUAUAAACCACCCACAUACGAAGACUUUCAUCGAAUGACCGAAGAAGCACAGAAUAAACAAGCCGAGGCAAGCAUGGAGAAUGACAGGAGCUUGGCCCCCUCGGAAGGCCAUAACACUGAUGAGAGCUGUGAUUUUUUAGGGCGCGGUCGUGGAUGUGAGAACCAGCAGAUUCUCGCGGACACGCCAGCGCUUACUAAGCAACACUGUGUGCAGGAUGAUAAGCCGAGAGGCGACCAAGCGGAUAGCCUGAGCACUCGCGUAGAUAGCGCGUAUGUAGAAGAGGACCUGAACAGUAUCCGGUCUGGUGUUGCCAUGGUUGAUUUCGCUCUCAGCUCGAGCUCUGUCAGGGAAUACGACCACGUGGCGAGACACUCUGCCCAGUGUCUCUCGUCCGAGAGUGGAGAGUACCCAGUUUUUCUGAUGGAACAGCCGAGGAAUGGUGCCGUUCAAACGUCUGAAGAUAAUAUUCACAUGACGGAUAAGGACCCUAGGCGCAAGAGUUAUCAAUAUGUAGCUCGAGGGAUUAGUAUUGGUAGUUCAGGUACGAAUGAAACGUCCGCAGGUAGAAAUACACAACGCACGGCUAGCCAUUUAGUCAAACACUCCGGCACGGUUGAGCAUUUAGCUGCCGUUGCCAGUGAUGGAUAUGUAGACUACAGACCUGGCAGCGACAAAAUCUCCUGUACGCGUACCCAUUCAGGCGGUAGGCCGAACUCGAUCGAAGCAAAUAGGGGUGUGCAUCGGAAGACGAGCAGUCCUAUGGUUCUCCUUAGCAGUGCAGCUAGGUCUGCGAGUAAGUUGCAAGAAGACAUCUCUGGGGAUUUAGACACGGGCCGUGGUGGUAGGAGUGGUGGGGAGCGAGACGCGCGCGGUGGUCUUGGCACAGCAAAUGCUUCGGCCACUAGCACCGGGGAUUGUUCUAUCAGGAGAGUUAGUCAUGGCGGAUAUGCAGCUAGGCCCCACCCGUUGUCUCGAGGAUACAGUCUGAAGCGAAUGAAUGACGGGUUGAAUGACGCUAGCAGCUGCUGUAUAGGAGGGGUUAUGGAGGGCAAGAGAAGUACUGAGCGAUUUCCUGGAUCCGAGAUCAGAAUUGAUACACCGACGCACGCUUGUGCCAGCGAUGGCGAGGGCCACAGUCCUUACCGUUCACGGCCGAGUAGCGUGAGCAAGUCGAAAGAUGAAAUCGACAUGCGUAAGUGCAGAAGCACAACAACCAGUCCGAAAAUUCUUUCGUCCUUUGUCAGCCUCAGACUCCACUCCCACUCCCCUCACACACUGAAAGGGACAGUCAGUACUGGGAGUAGCGGGGAGACGAGUAGAAAAGCAGCCGGCCAAGAAAUGCGGGAUCGGGACUUCUCGUACAAUACAUCAGCAGAAUAUCGGACGGUAGACAGGGCAGCGCUCGGUAGCACGGGUUUACUGUCGAACGUGGAUUUUUCCGGAACAAUGGCAUCGGGGUUGAUAGAGAAAAUAGCACAAGAGCAAAAACGGGUGAUAGUGAGGUGCGUAUCUGCCACUGUCCAACCACCCACGAGGCGUACAAGCUCAGACAGACAUACGCGCAAGGAGAAAGCAGAUAAACGUGUCGAUCAGGCCAGCAGGUGCACCGGGAAGGGAGCCGAAGGCAUUGGUCGUAGCAUUACUGGUCCCAAAAAGGAAAAUAAGGUUCAGGUCAUGGUGAGGGCUUCGCCUAGAACGGUUCCGCACUUAUAUGCAUAACACGGGUGCGAGGGAAAGUGUGCUCUGGGACUAGCAGGUACUGCUUUUGUCAGAUGGAAUUCACGGUUCGUUGGCCCCUUCUAAAUACGUGAAAGGCCCAGAGCUUAGAGGAAUUGUGCAAUGCGGCAUCUCCUGCAACGCCAAUCGGCACGAGUCUCUCAUGAAGAUUUUGGAAUCGAGUAGUAGUUUUAUGAAUUGGGGAAUGAAGAAGGAGGGGCGCUGCCAGAUGUCUAGACACCACACUACAACACAACGCGUAGCAAUUAAAAAC